AUGUCUGAAAGGCGCUUAGAAGAGCACGGGACCGCGGAGACUGCGGACGUCGAGAUGGCAGACGCAGUAGAGACCAAUUCCACCGGGUCGAGCGACUAUGUGGAGCUCUGGAUCGACCUCUUCCUCGGCAAGAAGGGCCACGAGUACUUCUGCGACGUCGACACGGAGUACAUCACGGACCGCUUCAACCUGAUCAAUCUGCAGAAGACCGUCAGCAAGUUCACGCAGGUGAUCCAGUACAUGGUGGACGAGCUCGACGACACGACGCUGGAGGCCAUGUCGCGCACCAAGCUCACGCAGCUCGAGGCAGACGCGCGCAAGCUGUACGGACUGAUCCACGCGCGCUACAUCAUCACCAUCAAGGGCCUGCAGAAGAUGCUGCAGAAGUACCGCGACGCGGAUUUCUGCCGCUGCCCCCGCGUGCACUGCAACUUCCAGCCGCUGCUGCCCGUCGGCCUGCACGACGUGCCCGGCAUCGACUGCGUCAAGCUCUACUGCCCCUCGUGCGAGGACCUCUACAUCCCCAAGUCCUCGCGCCACAGCAGCAUCGACGGCGCCUACUUCGGCACCAGCUUCCCCGGCAUGUUCCUGCAGGCCUUCCCGGAGGUCGUGCCCAAGCACCCCACCAAGCGCUAUGUACCCAAGGUCUUCGGCUUCGACCUGCACAAGCAGGCCCAGCUGGCCCGCUGGCAGGAGCUCCAGCGCUUGAAGCUCGAGCGCGAGCUCAUCAAGAAGGGUGUCGACCUGACGAAGAACGGGGGCUACAAGAAAUAG